ACUUUGAUAAAAGCCUGUUGUAUUUCUACCAAAUGUAGCACUUUAAUGACACCUGGUACAGGUGAGACUUGUCUCCGCCCCUUUGCUGUGUUGUCAGAUGAGCUGUGGUGUCGCUACAGCAGACGGCAGCCACACAAGGUGAGUAUCCUUUCCUGCGAGCCACACACUACAGUAUUUAAAUUAGAAAUUUGACUUGAAUAAUGACUGCUGAAACUUCUAAUUUAAGAGUUAAAAAUUAAGCCAAAGCUGGUUGUGUACUAAUUAGUAGUAGUACAUCUUGAUGUAAGAUGCAUUUUUACAUUGCACUGCUUCAUUACUAUACAUGUUCAGAUGCGAUGAACAUGGGCUUUUAUGCUGUACAGAAGUUCCACUGAGGAAACAUAUUAAGAGAACGCUGCACACACUGACCUCAUGAUUGAAUGAGGAACAGUGAAAUUUUAAUUGUUUUGUAAUUAUGACUCUUAUCCACUGCUAAUUUUCCAAAUUGGCCUGAUUCACUGAUACUUCAUUGACUCAUAUUUACAUGUGGUUGAUUUUUGUGUUGCAUUUUGCAGCAGGAAACGAGCCAGUUGGUCUGAUGGAGGAGGGAAGUCAGUCUGAUGUUUUCACCUGGUUCACACAGACCCAGGCUAAGUCUGUUAUCAGGAAUGGAUCAGUUCCAACGUGGUUCCAUGGGAUUAUUACCAGGAAGACAGCAGAGGAACUACUGAUGUCCAAACCACCAGGCUACUUCCUCAUCAGAGUCAGUGAGAGCAGGGUUGGCUACACACUCUCAUAUCGUGCUGAAGAUCGCUGCAGACAUUUCAUGAUUGAUGUUUUGAAUGACCGCUACAUGAUUGUGGGUGAAAACACACGUCAUCGGACUCUGCAGGAUCUCGUGAACUUUUAUCGCAGGACUCCCAUUGUUCAUUACAGUGAAUUGUUGACUGUCCCUUGUGGUCAGAUAAAUGACAAGACUGAUUAUGCAGAACUGCUGUUUUCUCCAAGACACCUGUCACCUAACACCACCCCACGACAAAACAACUCACCGCAUUCCAGCAAGACUCAACCAGCUUCACAAGAACAUAUCCCACCUCCUCUUCCCAAUCGUCCUAAUUCCAAGAGGUGAAUCAUCAAAGGUCACCAUGAAGCUUCCAGGCAUGCCCGAUGCAGUCACCUUACCAGAACCCGGUUUGCUCCAGAAUCACCGCUGCAGCUCAGAACCCCCGCGCAUCCACUGCCGUAAACACACUGAUGGGACUCGGUGCAACAAAACAUGAACAUGAAGGACGGUGCACGAUUUUUUAACACUGGUGCUGCAGCUGCACAGAUGGAUGGAGGAUUACCAGAGGAUUACCCGUCAUCACCACCUUUUGCACCUGACUACUGAAACACAUCUAUCACCUACCUGAACCUGUACUUAUUCUUUUCAAACUAAUAGGUUAAAAAUGUAUUUUUAUAUGGAAGGUUAAAAGUGUUGACAAACGGGAAGCUUUAUGUGGUUCAUAACCGUAAAUGACAGGAGGAUGUCUGCUUUGAAUAAAGUAAACAGAACUUCCAGAUCAGAUCAUGUAUUAACAGUGGAAGUAUAGUACACGACGUAGGUACUUGUCAAACGUGUUUAUCUAGUAGACUGCAUCAGCUCUUCCCUGAACAUAUUUUGUUUUAUUACAGAACAAUGACAUCUUUAUCACAUGCAUUUUUUUUUUACAUUACUCUUUAUUAUUUUAAUUUCUAGUCUUGUUAAAUGUUAAUUUGCAGGCUUUUACUGUAUGGCACAUUUUGAUGAAUUUCAUUUUCUGGAGUUUAAGUUGCUGCUGUUGUUUUUUUUUUUUGUUUUUUUUUUACUAAUUUGGGAUGUCCUGUGGCUUGUACACCGUUACAACUUGUAUACCGGAAAAAAUGCAUUUAUUAUUCAUAAUUAUUAUGACUGUUUAUAUAGGGCCUUCCCAGGAAUCAAAACAUUAAAUGGAAAAAAAAAA